GGGAAGUAAACAGUUUCAAAUGUGUCCGCUGCCUGGAAAGUAGCUAGUAUUCCAAGAGUGUGAAACAUUAGAGAUGAAAUACGCGGCAUUUCUACUGUGCUUUGGUCUUUCCCUUUAUUUUCAGGAAUAUGCAUUUUCAAGAAGUGUCAAUGGACAGCGGAAAUGGCCAGUUCCUUACAGGCGAUUUGAUCACCGUCCUGAAAACGAUCCGUACUGUCAAGCUUUGUAUCCUUUCUGUCCAACUGGACAAUGGGAUGGCCGUAUUCCUUACUUGAGAGAUACUGAUAUCAUUGAAGUGUUUCGACUUCAAACUCCCGUAUGGGAAUUUAAAUAUGGAGAUCUUCUUGGGAAAUUUCAUAUUAUGCACGACGCCAUAGGGUUCAGGAGCUAUGAAACUGGUAUGAAUUACACCAUGGAGUGGUAUGAACUUUUUCAACUGGGAAACUGCACCUUUCCCCAUGUAAGGCGAGACCGCAGUGCCCCCUUCUGGUGUAACCAGGGUGCCGCAUGCUUCUAUGAGGGCAUAGACGACGCUCACUGGGCGCAGAAUGGAACUUUGGAGAAAGUGGGAGUGAUGACAGGUGCACAGUUUAAUGAAAUGGCCCAGUGGAUACAUGAGGACAACGACACCGGGAUCUUUUAUGAGACCUGGACAGUGCGCGCCAGUCCCCACCCGAAUUCCACUGUGUGGUUCGAGUCCUACGACUGCUCGCAGUUUGUGCACCGCACGUACGGGAAGAUGGCAGAGAUGGGAGUGGCUCUCAAAAGCAGGACACAGACCAACUACACCAAGAUCUACCUGUACAGCGGAGAGCCGACCUUCCUGGGGAACGACAGCACCAUCUUUGGGCAGUCCUCCACGAAAGGCCUGGCUGCAGACAUCAGGAGCUUCUACCUGCAUUUCCGCCCACAUCAAUCACCCAUAGACUUUGUUGCCAGCCUCUUGGAGAUCUUAAAAAAGGUGGUGUGGGAGCAGAGCUUUUAUCUUUUCUAUAAUUUUGAGUACUGGCUCUUGCCAAUGAAACCCCCCUAUAUCGAAAUUACCUACGAAGAGAUUCCUUUGCCAGCACCAGCCCAAUGGUCGCGGAAGUCUGGGAAAGUACCGUGAACCAUUGGAAGACCCCUCUGCAGUGUUGUACAAAAGAAACAGUUCACAUAGCCUGACUGAAACUUGCAUCCAGAAAGAAAUAAUGGCAAUCCUAACAAAAUAUUGAGCAACAUUUAAAAAUCUUUUUUUUUUUUGUUUUUUUACGUAACAGAAUAAUGUAGAAGUGUGAAGCCAAUUGUACCCGAACCAAUGCAGCGCAUUCUGUGACAUACUUCUGAAUACUGAUACUUGUGCAUUGUUUUACUCUUUAACAAGUGACCCUCUGUGAUCAAUCUCUGAAAAAAUGCUUUUACUUAACAGGAAUUGGUGUUAAUCUCGGGUAUUGAUAGGGCUAACAGUAAAUUCUACUUCAAAUUACAGUGCAUAAAAAUGUCCUGCUAUGGUGAUUUGUGGGUAAGUAGGACUGCAUAAAGGUAAUUCCCCUGUGUAAAUAUGCUGUAUCUACUAGGUAUGUUUUUGUAGCAUUACUUGUUAUAUGGCAUAUCAAUGUACAGCAUUACCUCUGCCGUGCAGAACAAUUGUGUUAUAUUACGCGGGUGUGAGUUUAAAGGGCUUCCAGUGUUAUCAAAUGGCAUUGUAAAACAGAAGAACAAAUUGCAUGGUAAUUUCACUGUGUCUAUUCAUGCAUUUUACAGAGAAAU